CAUAAACAACCAGUCGCAAUGUGGCCAUUCAAGCGCCGGUCCCCCUCGCCUUCGUCUUACGAAAAAAUCCUGGACACGCUCGCGUCCAAGAUCCGCAAGUCCGAGUCAAAGAUCCACUCCCUCCGCCUCUCGCAGCGCAGACUCGUCGGCCUUCUCACCUUGUAUUCGCUGCUGCUCUACUUGGCUUUUCUUGUCUAUGUUGCGCUGUCGAACCGGUAUCGUGAGCCAUGGAUGGUGUUCCAUGCGCUUGCUGCGCCGGUCUUAAUAUGGCUAACACGCCGUCUAAUCACUGCCGUCUACACGCGCCUGCUCAAACGUGAAGACUCAAACUUGCAGGUCCUCCGCGCCUCGCAAAAGGCAAAGAUCGAGGAACUAAAGAGCAGCAUGAAGUAUUACACCACAAAGUCCCUAAUCGAUCGCUUCGAGGCAGACAGCAAGACCGACUCGGACUCGAAAAAGGACGCAAAGACUAGGGGUAGAUCUAAACAGAAGGAUCUACCCGCCGCUCCUGUUGAUCCCGUUCCCGCAGGCGAGGAAUUCUUCGACGAAUCCCAACUCCUGCAACAGCAAGAACUCCAACAACAACUGAAUCAAAUGCAAUACACCUCCAACCUGCGCCAACUCCCCGCUACCACCUACGAACCCCGGGAUCCAAAAUGGUACGACCGGAUCCUGGACGUGAUUGUCGGCGAAGACGAAAUGAGCCCGCGGAAUCGAUAUGCUUUGCUCUGUAGCAGAUGCGGAACGCAUAACGGACUCGCGCCGCCGGGACAGGAGCCUAGUGAGGUUAGAUAUAGGUGUCCGGUGUGUGGCCAGUGGAAUCCGGAAAAAGAGAAUGCUGGUGAUGAUGACAAGGAGGCUUUGGAGGAUGAAGAUGCAGAGGAAAAGAUCGAAGAGUCCGAGACGGUGGCAGAAAUUAAAGAGGCUGAUAGCGUCCCGUCUACGAAGAAGACUACAAAGAGACGAGCCGGCAAAUCAAAGUCAUCCGAAGAUCAGGACGAGCCAAAGGCUACAACUACAGGUCUCGAAUGACCUAAAUAUAUAGAAUAAAAGCUCA